AUGCCUCCUGUAGGAUUGCCCACUAGUGCUAAGGCCCCUAUACAAUCAACAGGCACAAUCACUUUUGAUUCUCAUUUACAUCUUACUGAUGUUCUUUGUGUUCCAUCAUUUAAUGUUAACUUGAUGUCUAUUAGCAAACUCGGAAACCCACUAACUGUUGUAUUGAUUUGGACACGAAGAGGACGAUUGGAUUGGGUAGGCGACAUGGCGAUCUCUAUUACUUUACCCACCACCAUCACCAACCUCACAUCAUGUGUCCACUCUACCCAAAUCUUUGGCAUAUGCGGCUGGGACAUCCCUCUGAUGCUCGUCUCCGCCUCCUAG